AUGCUUAAUGUUGAAUUACUGUCAGACCGCAUCGCCAGAACAAGUCUGCAGAGGCGUCGCAAGGCGGAGGCUGAGCGGCAGGAGAGGAUUUUUAAUGAUAAAGUGCGGACUAUCGGGGUUGACAAGGAAGCCCUCGACAUGCAGAUAAAAGAAAAGAGGAAACAGGAGGAGGCUGCAAAAAAGGAACAAAAUGCUCAUGAUGCUGAUAUGCUUCAUAAUAGCAAGGUAGCUUAUCUUCUCCAUAGAAGACAGGUGAAGGAGAAGCACGCGAUGGAAAAGGCCAUCGUCAACUACCGGCAACAGUGCCAGCAGCCACGGAGCCAGUGGGAGUGUGACCUGAAUGACUCAGACCUCCGUAGAAAAAGAGAGCAGGGUGAUGCACAGAUGAUGCUCCCAGGCCUGGUGGGUGAGGACAUGGACAGUAAGAGCAGAAGGCAGCGACAGAAGGAGCAGCUCAGAGAGUGGCUCAUCCUGCAGCAGAGUGAGCGAGCGGCAGAGAGGCAUCAACAGAAGCUGGAAGAGCAGCGCUAUGACUACAGCAGAGCUGAGAUGAACAACAAAGCUCUGCAGCUUCAGUGCGUUGACAUGGAGAGGAGAAAAGCAGCAGCUGUAGCUACUAAACAGUACAACCUGUCCAAGAUUGAAGAGAAGAGACAGCUAAGACAGCUGGAAGGUAAAGAUGAUGAAGCCACCCUGGCUGUGGUGAGCGUGCCUGGUCUUUGUCCCUGCAGUGACAGGAGAGCCCCUGUAGAGAGCCUGCAGCAGAUCAUCCAGUUCAACAAGCAUCAAAUAGAGGAGAAAAAGAGGAUGGAAUUAGAAAAAAAGCAAGAAGAGGAGCAACAUGGUCGUGUCCGCAUGGCCUCAGGUCGUAAAGCUCUGUUAAUAGAGAGGCAGCAGGCAAGGCUGAGCAAGCAGCUGAGACAACAUCUGGACAGCGUCAACGUCCAACUAGCCCAAACACACAAGCAACAGAAACCGAAAAUUGAAAGAGGCUGCAUUGAUGACAGCUUCUUCUCCAAAUUCAACACCUGCAGCAGAUGAUGGAUGACACGCCGCACAGACAUCUGGCUCAUUACUGUGGCUCAGUACUGAUAAUGGUGCUACAUGAAAAGA